AUGGAACUACCGAAAAAGCCGAGGUCGUUCAAAAAGGGCCGCGACGACCGGGUGGGACUGACGGCGCUCGGAGCGGACCCCGAAAAGGCACGCCAGGACCAGCUAGACCUGCUGCACCAGGUCACCAACGCCAAAGACGUGGAGGGAUACAGAUACCUGCGAAACCUGGACCUGAAUGUGGGCUCGUCUGGAUUUGCCACGUGGUACAUGAUCUCGUCGUCGUUUCCGCUGAUUGCAGCUGCUAUAGGCCCGCUGGCCAACAUGUGCGCCAUUGCUGCCCUCACAGAACCGUGGCUUUACUACCCGAGCCACAGUUACCCUAAGGACAAUGGAGGCACCAAAUACGACACUAUCGGCGACAAGCCGUGGGUCACCGCUCUGAACGCGGUGUCACUACUCAUGGGCGUCAUGUCAAACCUGUCGCUGCUCAUGAACUUUGCCGGAAGAAUCAACUACACAUUUUCCCAGGUGUUCAGUAUAGGCGGGUUCUUCAGUGCUGGAGUCAUUCUCAUGGCUCUGACCAUGAUCUGCAAGUACGUGCUGCUCAACGACGAGCUGGGACUCACGUCAUCCUAUUGGCAUGCCGUUCUGACUGCCGCGUGCUACUUUGCGGCCUCGUUGCUGCUGUUCAUCAACGAAAUCGGACAUCUCAAGGGCUACUACGGAGCCACCUUCAAUCUUAGCAAGGCCCAGCGAAGUCUCAUGUUGCAGAACAUUGCGCUGGUGGUCUGGAUCGCCUCGGGAGCAGGUCUGUUCCAGUACCUCAUGGAUCUCAGUUACCCUGAUGCUCUGUACUUGUGUCAGGUGUCUCUACUGACAAUUGGUCUGGGCGAUCUGCAUCCUCUGCGGGUCGUCAGUCGGGCUCUCAUGAUCCCCUUUGCGCUAAUUGGUACGCUCAUGCUGGGUCUUAUCAUCGCGUCCAUUCGAAGCAUGAUUCUGACGUCUUCCUCAGAGACUCUCACCUGGAACUACGCCGAGCGGAGCCGAAAGAAGGAAAUGCGCAAUCUCAAGGACAGCAGCAGCACGUACAACGAGCGAGAUGGCUUUGACAAGAUGCGCGAGUUCCACCAAAAGGCCGAGAGCUACCGAACAUGGCUGCACUUAUUUUUUGCAGGAGUCAUCUUCGCGGGCUUUCUCACCCUCGGGGCGCUGUGCUUCUAUCUUGUGGAGGAGGACUGGACCUACUUUGACGGCAUCUACUUUUGCUGCCUGUGUCUGUUGACUAUUGGUUAUGGAGAUCCUGCUCCGAAUUCUACCGUGGGUCGCUCCUUCUUCAUUGUCUGGUCCAUGGCAGCCGUGCCCAUGAUGACGAUUCUCAUUUCGUCCAUGGGCGAUACCAUCAUUCGCAAGGUGAUGGAGAUGUCUGAUCGACUGGGAGACUGGGCGUUGGAGUUCCAUGGCUUUGGGCUGCCUCGAGUGAGCACCAGAAGCCAGGAAGCCAUGAAUGACGCCACAUCAGCCACUGCAGUGGCCGGGGAUGGUGACUCGGAGUCGCCCCCAGGCUUCCAUCAUCGUGCCAUGUCUCUUUUCAAGUACACCAGGAGGAAUACCAACGGCGGCAACGGCAACGGCAACGGCAACGACAACGACAAUAACGGCAAUAACAAUGGUGAUAACGACAAAGAAAAUCCCGGAUCUACAUCUUCAGACGCGGACAGUAUAUGUGACAAGGUGCCGGAGCCCGUGGACAACUUUCCCACUGGAGAUUACCUGCAGGAUCUCAGCAGUACGAUUGUGGAGCUGACUCUGGCUCUACAGCGCACCUUCAACAAAGAGGUCAACGAGCCUCAUUACAAGUACUCGUUUGACGAGUGGAAGCGCAUGCUCAAGCUGUGUUCUCGUCUUCUUUACCUGCGCAACCCCGAGGCGUUCAGAAAGAAGAAAAUGUCGCCGGACGAACGGGCCGACAAGGUCAUGCAGGGCGACACCGAGGGCGACUCGGAGAUCGAGGAGGAGAUUUGCUCCAUCACUUCGAUUCUGCAGGAUGAUCAGAACGAGCAGGCCAAGGAAACAAUGGAGAAGGAGGGGCUGCCUAUUCCGCCCAACAUGCAGAACUCCAGCGCUCCCGGAAUGAACAGUGUCAACAGUGUCGGGGACAUUAUCAACGCUAGUCGGAACAACCUGAGGAAUCCGGACGGCCGUGAGCCCGAAAUCAAGUUCCAGGAGCCGCAGAAACAGGCCAAAGACUCUGACCAACACCAUACGAAGAACAACCCUCUACCCACUGCUGAUCCGGAGAAGCUUCACGAGGCCCGUGAGCACGUGGACAAGCAUGUUUCCGAGAUUCUGCCUCACUACUGGCUAUCGGACCUGUCUCCUUUGCGGUUCCCCGUGCGAGAGGUGCGGAUUUUCAACAAAAAGUAUCUCAAUACGCUCGAGGCUGUUGCUCUGUUGAUGAAGAAGGCGCUGGAGGAUGCUGAGAGGGGUUGA